AUGGAUUCUGCCACAGAGCUUCAGGAGUCUGGGGUUCAAUUUAAGAAGGCCAAGGGAAGCAACUUGUUUGAUAUAAAAUUCAUUAGUGGCACAUUGGAAAUCCCACAAUUAUGCAUCGAAGAAGAAACAGAGUCUUUCUUGACAAAUCUAGUUGCAUUCGAGCUGUGUUCUUCGUACUGUAAGCCACCGUAUGUUUGUGAGUAUAUGGUCUUCAUGAAUUCCCUCAUCAAUUCCUCCAAGGAUGUUCGUUUACUUCGUCGUGGUGGAAUUAUUGAAAGUUGGGUAGGUGAUGAUGAACAUCUCUACACCAUGUGCCACAAGUUGUUCAAAAUCACCCUAACAAAUCCCCAAAUAUUUGGUUACUCUCAAGUUUUCAAUGAUGUGGACUACUAUUGUAAGCGACGCCGAAAUGUGUGGAUGGAAAACUUAAGGCGGAAUUACUUCAACAGUCCAUGGGCAUUCAUUUCAUUUCUUGCCGCUGUCAUACUGCUUCCGCUUACCGUGGCACAACUAUCUUUUCCGUUCUUUCUUUUCGGAAAGACAGCUUUUGAGUCCCUAUUAUUGUUUUAUUAA